UAGUUGGUAUGGCCAACGGAAGGGUGGCUACUGCAAGCUCCGAAAUAUAAUUUCAGUCACCCAUCUCAAUCUUGGCAUUUAAAAUGGCUGAGGCAAGUAUCGCCGUGGAAGAGAACCAUUUCCAGUGUCCGAUCUGCAUAGAACUGCUGAAGGACCCAGUAACUAUUCCUUGUGGUCACACAUAUUGCAUGGACUGUAUUAAAAAAUGCUGGGACCGCGAGGAAGGAAGGACCAAGAGCUGCCCUCAGUGCAGACAGACCUUUACACCGAGACCUGUCCUGGGGCGGAACCCCAUACUCGCCGACAUGGUGGCGAAGCUCAUGGUCCAGGGUCUCCAGAAUGCUCCAGAUGGAGUUGAGUUCGCGGGACCGAGCGAUGUGCAGUGCUCGAUCUGCAUCGGGAGGAAACGCAAAGCUGGGAAAUCUUGCCUGGAGUGCCAAGACUCCUACUGCACACUUCACUUCUGCCGUCAUGAGGAACUUCUCGCGGGAAAGAGGCACAAGGUGGUGGAAGCCACUGCUGAUUUGCAAAGCAAGAUGUGCUUGGAUCAUGGCAAACCGCUGGAAGCCUUCUGUAAGACUGAUAAGAAGUGCGUGUGCGUUGUGUGCAUCACUAACGAACACAAAGGUCACGAUGUGGUAGCGGCAGCCAAAGCAAAACAGGAUAACCAGUUUGAACUCAGAAGAAGACUCCAGGUUGAAAUCACGAAGAGAGAAGCUGAGCUGCGAAGAUUAAGGGACAAUGUGGAUUCUGUUCGGUCUUCCGCCCAGGCGUCAGUGGAGACUAUGGAGAAUGGGUUUGCCGAGCUGAUGGCGUUCUUUGAGCAAAAACGUGCAGAAGUGGUGGAGCUGAUCCGAGCUAAAGAGCGAGCCCAACUCAGCCGCACAGCGCAGCUCCAGGAGGAGGUCGGUAUGCUGAAGGCAAAAACAGAUAAUCUGGAACACCUUGGAAAUGAACAGGAUGACAUACAUUUCCUGCAGAACUUUGCAGUCUUAUCUCCUGAUGAUUUGCCACACUUCAUUGUCAAUGGCAACUACUCAUUUGACCCUCUUGCACUUCAGUUCAGCUGCUCGUUUAUGAUGGCCAGACUUAGAAAGAUCUGCAGUGAUGAAGUGGGACUCAUAUGGAGACAUGUCAACUUUAGGUUCUUCCACGGUGGCACAAUGUCCAAAUGGCUGUGGAUCAACCAUUCCUGCAGCCCGAAUUUAGACACGAGAACUGCAUUCCGCCACCACCAAAUAUCUGACGAUCUCAAAAAGGUGGAAUGGGGAGGCGAGGCCCUGCUCCAUGGCAGGCAUCAUUUCGUUGAGUGCCGCCAGGUUCUCUGUCAGGACGCCACUCCUCAGGUGGCCUACUGGACGGUGGAGUGGGCGAGCGAGCGUGGCCAUGAGGUCUGCAUUGCAGUGGCGUACCGCGACAUCCCACGGCGAGGAGAUUACAACGACUGCAGAUUUGGCCGCAACGACAAAUCUUGGUGCCUGGAGCGCUCAGGUUUUCGCCUGAAGUUUUUCCACAAUGACCGUGAGACCGUGAUCCCAGGUCCGAUCCCUUCUCGAGUCGGUGUUUACUUGAAUCAAAACGAGGGAAUUUUGGCCUUCUAUGACUUGGAUAAAAAUGACCCUGAGAUUAUUUUUGGGGUGCAUGCCAGAUUUACAAAGCCCCUGUACCCAGGAUUUUAUGUCACUGCAUUCUGCUCUGUUACAAUCUCUUAAAUCAACAUACUAUCUUGUUUAGAUGUCAGUAGACUGAAGAGGAUGAGGGUUAUAGAAAACAUGAGUGGAUUGGGGAUAAUUUUUAAUAUAAAUUUUAUGGCAAAAGAGACUACAUUCUACCUAACUAAAUUUUAUAGACCAGAUAUUUUCAAAAAUAAAGGUGCAUAUUCAAAGUU